UGGCGCCCCCGGAACGUGGCGCCCCCGCGGGACCGCCCCGCGUGCGGUGCUUGCAGACUCUGCCGGACGGACGCGGGGAAAAGUUGGUCCGCGGGACUAGAAUGAGGACUCGGUGACUGUCGCAGCCCGCGCGGGAGAGAAGCAGGCGGCGGGCGUGGGGCUCGGCGCGAGAUGGACCCUUGCGAGGACCGGCCCGCGCCCGGGGGACACGCGCUCGAAGGGCCGUGGGGCUCCUGGGCCCAGCUGCAGGGGACAGACGGGGACAGCAGCCACAGUGAACAAGAAGAUCGAAAGAGAGUUUCUGAAGAACUUAUAAUGGUUGUCCAAGAAAUGAAAAAAUACCUGCCAGCAGAGAAGCACAGUAAACCAAGCACCCUAGAUGCCCUCAACUAUGCCCUUCGCUGUGUACACAACGUGCAAGCAAACAGUGAAUUUUUCCAGAUUCUCAGUGGAAAUGGAUUACCUCAGACAGGUGUGACCGCGUACAGUCCCAAGGAGCUGGCCACCAUUGCUGCAGAGCACACUUCCAAGAACACAGAUACUUUUGUGGCAGUCUUUUCAUUUCUAUCCGGAAGGUUAGUGCACGUUUCUGAACAGUCCACUUCGAUCCUGAAUUGUGAGAAAGAUUUCUUGGAGUCCUCUCACUUUGUCGACCUGCUUGCCCCUCAAGACGUGAGGGUAUUCUACAAGCACACUGCCCGAGCCCAGCUUACUUUCUGGAACGACUGGACCCAAAGAGCAUCACAAUAUGAAUAUGCUCCAGUGAAAUCCUUUUUCUGCAGGAUCCACGGAGGUGGAGACAGAGAGCAAGAGAAGUAUUACUCCCCGUUUCGGAUCAUCCCCUACUUGGUUCAUGUACACAGCUCUGCCCUCCCAGAAUUGGAACCUUGCUGUCUAGCACUGGUUGAAAAGAUUCACUCUGGUUAUGAAGCUCCUCGAAUCCCAGUGGAUAAAAGAAUUUUUACCACAACACAUACCCCAGAGUGUGUUUUUCUUGAAGUAGAUGAAAGAGCAGUGCCUUUGCUGGGUUACCUACCUCAGGAUCUGAUUGGGACGUCGAUCCUAACAUACCUGCACCCAGAAGACCGUCCUCUGAUGGUUGCCAUACACCAGAAAGUCUUGAAGCAUGCAGGCCAUCCUCCCUUUGAACACUCACCCGUUAGGUUCUGUGCCCAGAAUGGAGACUUCGUCAUCCUGGAUUCUAGUUGGUCCAGCUUCGUGAACCCCUGGAGCCGGAAGGUUUCUUUUGUCAUCGGUCGGCAUAAAGUGCGAACGAGCCCACUCAAUGAAGAUGUUUUUGCUACCAGAGUAAAAAAGAUAAACAGUAAUGACAAAGACAUAACGGAAUUACAAGAACAAAUUCACAAACUUCUCUUGCAGCCGGUUCACGGGAGCGCCUCCAGUGGCUACAGCAGCCUGGGCAGCAGCGGGUCGCAGGAGCAGCAGGUCAGCGCGGCCUCAUCCAGCGAGUCCAGCAGGCACUGUGCAGAGGGCGCACACAAGGAGCCGAUGACCUUGCAGCAGGUCUACACCAGUGUAAACAAAAUUAAGAAUCUGGGUCAGCAGCUGUACAUUGAGUCAGUGACCAAAUCGCCAGUCAGACCGAUGAAGGAGGUGCGCACAGAGCCAUCGGACAGGGGUGAGCACAAGGCCUUUUCCUCCUCUCAGCUGCUGAACAGUAAAAGCAUGUACCCUGAGUCUUCUGAGGGUUUGAGGAAAGACCAACACAGCCCGUCUUACCAGCAGAUAAACUGUAUCGAUAGUGUCAUCAGGUAUCUGCAGAGCUGCAGCGUCCCAGCUUUAAAAAGGAAGUGCGUCUCGUGUACGAACACAACUUCUUCAUCCUCAGAGGAGGACAGGCAGCACCAUGGCACCGACAGUGCCCAGGCUCUGCAAGCUGCCGCACAGAUCCCAGCCGCUCCUACACCGCAAGUGCCCGCUGUCGCCCAGUCCACAGAUGCCAAGGAGGGCACCACGCAGAGCCUGUCCACUGCAGCGCUGAGCUUGCGCUCAGGCGUGAGCCAGUGCAGCUGCAGCAGCACCCUGGUCCACGUCCCUCCGCUGGAGUCAGAAGAUGCCACGCUGGCGUGUGAGCCCUGGGCCCUCGGCGCACAGCCGGCAGCUCUGGCUUCAGAAGAGCUCGCGUGCGCGGGGCUCACCAAGGCUGCGCUGUCGGCCCACACCCAGAAGGAGGAGCAGGACUACGUGGACCGGUUCCGGGAGAGGAUCCUGUCCUCGCCCUACAGCUGCUAUCUUCAGCAGGACAGCAGAAGCACAGCCGAGCCCUCCUGUGUCCAAGGGGAUUCUACCUCCAAGCAGACCAGAUCAGCCGGAUGCAAGAAAGGGAAGCACAGGCGUAAGAAGCUGACCAUGCCGCCAGGCAGCAGCAGCUCAGACGGCAGCAUGUGUCCCCGCACCAAGGGGCUGCUCCAGGGCGUGCAGCCCUGGUGCCCUCCUGCAGCCCCUGCUCCCCAGGCCUCGGGCUUGGCGCUGUCCCCCACCGCCGUGAUGCUUACCAGCCAGGCCUCUUACUUCCUGCCCACCGUGCCCCUCUCGGCCGUGACCUCCCUGGGAGCAGGGGACUCUGCAGCCUGGGGAGCUGCGCCUGCGAGCCUGCCCACACCACCCUGGCCCGGCGGCCUGCACGCUCUUCCUGCUGUGCCUGCUCCUUACUUGGAUGCUUUCAUGACCGUCCUCCUGCACGCCCCGCCCAUCUGUCCUCCUUGGUCACCAUCCUCCUGUCCACACUCGCCCUUGGGGGCCCCGAGCCUGGAACCACCUCCCCCAGUCGACAGCCAAGGGAGAGCAGAAGACAAGUGGGAGGCGCGGAGCGAGGAGCCCCCGUACAUGAAUUCGAGGAGCAGCUCGCCGCUGCAGCUAAACCUGCUCCAGGAAGAGAUGCCGGGGUUGUGGGCAUCUCCUGGCCCAGCGAGAAGAGACAGUUGCCCAGAGGCCGAGGGUCACCGUGUGGGCGAGAGCGGGGCCCACAGUGAUCUGUCCGUGGCACCCAUUCCCGAGGCGUCUCCAUCUGGAACCGGCGCUGCAGCCUCAGGAAGCAGUGGCAGCGGUGUACACUUCAGCAGUAGUGAUUGUUGCUCUGAACUCUCCGAGGAUGGGUGGCAGUCUCCGGAUGUGCAGUGGAAGGAAGCCCAUCCCAACCGUGCAGAAGACUCCAUCUGGAGGAUGAUUGAACAGGUGCCUGAACAGGUCCUCAUGACUUACCAGGUACCCGAGAGGGUUAAAGAAGUCGUGCUGAAAGAAGACCUCAAGAAGCUAGAAAGCAUGAGACAGCAGCAGCCCCAGUUCUCUCCUGGGCAGAAGGAGGAGCUGGCCAAAGUGCAUUCAUGGAUUCAAGGCCAGCAGGUCCCUCCAGAAACACGCAGCCAGAGCUGUGCCGCCUGGGAAGGCAGAGGUCCAGGGGACGAGGGCGCUGCAGAGUCCCCCGGGCAACAUCCAGCAGAAGGCCCGCCUGGAGCCCCCUGAAGAUGCCCCUUCGCACCCUUCCUAGGACACGCGGGACAUGGAGACUUCUUUGCAGCUGUCUAAGCUGUGACUCUCAGUGACCAGAGGCAUCGCCGACACGAAGAUUUUCCCUUCUUGCUUUUGUGCAGACGUCGAUUUUUCCAAAGCAAACAUUGUAUAUAGAAUCUUCUCUCUGUUUCUGAUGUAUUAAAGUGCCAGUGAAGCUCCUUUUAUUAAAUCUCUUCUAAAGAGCCUGCAUUGCCUCUGAAGAGGUCUGCGUGUGGCAGAUCUCUAUUUCAGAUGUCACCCAAAGUUAAUCCUACUUAGAAGCGUAGCUAGAAUGAGCCCUAGACCUCAGCCUCCUUUAUUCUGUUCUUUUGUGACGCACAUCUCUCUCCCCAUUAGAGCACUUGCAGAAAUCCCACCUACAGUCACAAACUUCUCCCAGUGGUUCCCGUAAACGAGCUGGGCUGCGUCCAGCUGGGUGCUCCCUCAGUAGCAGAGAUGAGACAUUCCAGUUUCCUCAGCACAGCAGCGUGCUGUCCGUUAGCAAGUCUGGAAACAGCGCGUUUCCCAAGGCCUUUGUGCGUCUGAUGCAUUUCAUUUUGACUUUCCACCUUUCACUGAAACUGAAAGCCUUUCCUUGAAAAUCUGCCGACACACAAGAGGCUUAUUCUUUGGAGAACUGAAAUUAGCAUUUGCACAUGUGUUAAAAAAGAAAAAAGAACCCCUUGACCAAUGGUCUUUUUAAUGUUUUUGGAUUUAAAAUAAUGAUUGUAAGGGUUUACUAUCAAAGCUAAUAUUGUCCUUGUAUGCUUAUGUGUUUGAAUGUCCAGUCUUAGCAAAACUGUUUCUUUUUUUUGUUGUCACCAAAUUGACACACACGGGGUCUCCCUGUGCCGCCCAGAGGCGCUCGCGCCGCCCUGGGUCUGCCUGUGAGCAGGGUGAGUGUUUGGGAGCUGAACACUGAAAAGGGAGCUCCGUGACUUCGGCCAUGGGACGGCGUGUCCCCGCCUCGACUCGGGGCGGCCCGGGUCGUGUCCUUCAGGAAGUGAGCGCGACUUGCUCUCCGCUCGCUCUGGUGCUCUUUAGAGAAAUCCUGGCCGGGUGCAGGAAACCCGCACUGCAGGUCAGGAAAAGGAAACAGAAGGCGGUGGAGGUUACAGUAGCAUUUUUUUUAUAUGACUUGCAACUAACUUAUUUUUCCUUUUUUUGUUGUUUUGUUUUAGGAAAACACUUCUUUGAAGUUUUAGGUUUUUUUAAAUAAACACAUCCUCAUAAUGAAUAGGAGAAUGGACUUCGUUACCCACGAUGGCCGCUGGGCCCGGAUUCUCCAGUCUGCUCUCUCAGAUGUCUUCUCCUGACCUAGCGGUUUUCUGGAUUCUGUCUUAGGGUCUCCACACCAUUUUCAAAUGCUGCCUUCGAUAGUUCUUGGAAUUUUCUAAUAAGCAAUUCCAUGCAGGUGUUGCUGUUUUAUGAAUAGAAACUCAUAUUCUGCUCCAUCCUGAUAGUUCAGUGAUUUUUGAGGCCUUUUUUUGUGUUGGUCAAGUUGUGUUGUGUUUUACUCCCUGGUGGAAAAUCAAAACAAAAUCAGCCUGUAUAUCUUCCACUGAUGAUCUUCUAUAAUAAUAAGGUUUUUAGUUUGUGUAAACUGAAAAUGACAUCUGGAGCUAGCAGAACCAUUCUGCAUUCAUGUGCGUGCAUUUCAGAUCUUACAUCAAUGGUAGAAGACCUUCAUUCCCGUUGUUUCUGGAAAUGUUUUAUCUAAAACUGCGUGUCCCUUUGUUAGUACACACUUCAUGGCGUGUGUUUUACGCUAGGCUUGAUUUGAAACUGGUGCUUGUUGUGAACAGAUCUCUAAAUCCACCCCGAGGUCUCUUCUGGAAGCAAGUUAGAGAUUGUUCCUGCUGCUGGGCGGGACAGGGCCCAGCAGCGAUACCUGCUGCCCCCCACGGGGGCCCUGCCAGGCAAAACUGUUUGUCCAAGCUUACUAACUUUUUGUAUUACUGACCAUAGAAAUUAGAAAUAAGAGAGUAUAGCAUAGGCUUCAAUGUUUGUGUAAGUGUUACCCGCAAAAGCGUUUUCUUGGGUCCGAGGUCAGGAUGUAUUGAAAAUAAGAUGCUCUAUGGAUGGAGUAGUUUCACAACUAAGUGAAACUUCUUUAUCAUUCACAAGGUAAAUUUAAUCCAUAUUGAAAAUUUGUUCCAACUGCACUUACAUCGGUUUGGUUUUAAUGGUUAUUACUAUUUAAAUUGGGUACCUUUUAAGUAACAAAAUAAAGCGUGUACCUGUGAACCUGA